GUCGGCGGUGCUUGUUGACUAGAGGUGGUGGCGGUUGGUGUGUGGAGGGGAGAUGGCUGCCUUGGAGAGGGUGAAGGUGUUGGUGCUGGGGGAUUCAGGUGUCGGGAAGUCAUCCCUUGUUCACCUUUUGUGUCACAAUCAAAUGUUGGGAAAUCCGUCUUGGACUGUGGGCUGCUCUGUAGAUGUCCGAAUUCACGACUACAAAGAAGGCACUCCAGAAGAAAAAACCUACUACAUUGAAUUAUGGGAUGUUGGUGGCUCAGUGGGCAGUGCCAGUAGUGUGAAAAGCACCCGGGUUGUGUUCUACAAUUCAGUCAAUGGCAUCGUUUUAGUACAUGACUUAACCAACAAGAAGUCCUCCCAGAACUUGUACCGGUGGUCUUUGGAAGCUCUCAACAGAGAUGCAACUCCAUCAGGAGUCCUGGUCACAAAUGGGGAUUAUGACCGGGAGCAGUUUGCUGAUAACCAGAUCCCACUGCUUGUCAUAGGGACCAAACUGGACCAGAUCCCAGAGUCCAAACGCAAUGACGUCUUGACCAGAACUGCCUUUCUUGCUGAGGAUUUCAGUGCGGAAGAAAUUAAUCUGGACUGCACCAGUCCACGCUACUUGGCUGCUGGCUCCUCCAAUGCUGUCAAACUCAGUCGAUUCUUCGAUAAGGUCAUAGAGAAAAGAUACUUUUUACGAGAUGGGAACCAGGUAUAUAUUUCUGGCUUCUCAGAGAGAAAAAGAUUUGGAGGGGGGUUUACAAAGAGUCUCCACUACGAUUGACCAUCUUUUGCCAUGAAGAGACUGUGGGAAAUAAUUUAUCUUGCUUUUUACUACAACAUUCCUUUCUGCAGCCGAUGCCUGGGCUAAACCAAAUCAGAUUCUGUAGCACAUAAAGUAAGAAGAUAGUUGAAAUACAAGUGCUCAUGAACAUAAGACAGGAAGACUUAUUCCCAGAUCUCGUUUGGGGACCAGGCACUUGGUUUUGGUCCUUUGAGACAUCAUGUCUAAAAACCACUGUAUUUUCCAGUACCGCUGUGAGACAUGCUUUCAUGCCAAAGUGUAGCAUGUUUUUCUUGGAACUUGAAAGAUUUACGAAUCCACAACCCUGCUGUAUAGAAAUCUAAAACUAACCCAGGAAUUAAAGGUUUACAGGGAAUGAAGCUUUCUUCUUUACUUAACAAUACCCCAGUUGAGGCUGUGCCAUUGAUUGUAAUAGGGAAAAAACUAGGCUGAAAAUAAACAGCAAAAAAAAUGCUAUCAGUAAUUAACCCUGCUCUCCCUCAAUUGGCUGACUUUUGCAGUGCCACUCUGGGCGGAGCUGCACCCUUCUAAGCCCAUUAACGUCUAAGGACUCACAGUGAAAUCCGAAGCAGAGUUACUCCAGUCUAAGCAUAUUGAUUUCAGUGGGCUUAGACUGGAAUAACUCUGCUUAGGAUUUCACGGUUAGAAGGGUGUAACUUUGCUUGGAGAGGCACUGCUAGCUAUUAAACAAGCAUGUUCCUAAAACCAAGGUUUCGGAUUUUAAACGUGUUUUCUUUGUUAGCUGUACUUUCUCUUUAGGACAGGGAACAGUUAAUAUGAUACUGCCAUGCUCUGCAGGAGAUCAAGAGGAGCCAAUGGGAUGCUCAGGGUGUAGCUGGGCAAAAGAUAUAAAAUCAGUCAAGAGAACUCAGUUUGGCAGCGAGGGACACCUUGCCCAGUUAAUUGGGCCUCUAAUCAUAAUUGAAGCAUAUGAAUAUAAGAGACUGAUUUGUUUGGAUCAGAUCUUGGAAGGCAGAAAAUCAGAGGGGAAAGCUACUUUCUCUCGCUGAAGAGUUGUAGCAGUAACUGCUUCUUCUUGUGGACAUUCUGUUACCCUGAGAAAUCCAUGGCCCAGUUCUGUUGUUAUGCAUGAACUGAGGGCAUGUGAUGGGGCCGCCAAAGAAAAAUGCUUCCUGAACCAGUUUUCCCAUCACCGGAAUAAGUCAGAAGAAGGUGGUACUGCCGAAAGAGCUUGUGUACAAAAGCCUCCUGAGGCAUUCUGUGGUCACAGCAGGAGUAGCAGCAACAGUCGCAUCUCCCUUGGUGUUUUGGUGUUUUCUUCCUAUCAGCAACUGGGAAUCUGUUCUGGAAUUCUGCCCCCAUUUGGACAAUCUCUGUCUGCUGCUUCUGGAUAAAUGAAGUGUUGUGUUAUGCAGUCAUCUCUGGGAAUCAUUUAUUUUAAAAUGAACGCCCCCCCCC